AUGAAGCUGUCCACCAUUGCCUCAAGCCUCACUCUGAUAGCUGCGGCCGCUGCCGGCGCGGUCCCCCGACAGCUUGACUAUGACUUGUUCCUUGGCAACCCGUUCGGAUUCCGCAACAUGACUACAAGCCUGCUUCCUAGCCUUGUUAAGCGCCAGGGUGGCUGUCCCCAGGGCUGGUCCAACUGCGGACCGUCCAUGUGCAACCCACCUCAGACGGUGUGCUGCCCCGACGGCAACAACUGUCCCGCGGGGGCGACUUGUAUCAUUGGCCAGGGCUGCUGUCCGCAAGGCUUCCCAACGCCAUGCCCUGGUAAGCGGUACUGCGUUGAACAGGGGGGCACUUGUUGCAAAGAUCGUGACGGAACGUGUCCAGCCAACACAUUUUGCGUUCCCGGGGGCGGAUGCUGCCCGUUGGGUAGGACGUGCUCCGACUGCCCUGCGUCCUCGAAGAACGUUUGCACUCCUGAUGACGCUGGUGGCCAGGGCGGCUCUGGCAACAGUGGCACUGGCAGCUCGGGCACUGGCAGCUCGGGCACUGGCAACUCGGGUACCGGCGACUCCGACACAGGCAACUCGAAUACAGGUGGAAACUCAAACACCGGUGGUAACUCGAACACUGGCGGCAACCCAAACUCUGGAAACUCGGGUAAUGGCAACUCUGGCUCAGGCAACUCGGGAGGGUCGGGAAGCUCCAACGGCGGCAACGGCGGCAACGGCUCGAGCGGUGACGCGACGCGAGCUGUCCCGGGACUCAUGGCUGCCGCCGGCGUGAUCCUACCUCUCCUUCUUUGA